AAUAGGUUCGCUCUGGAGUGGAAGGCACUCCACCUCUCUCACCUUGCUCGUCCUGAGAAAGUCGCCGUUUGCUUUCUUCUUUCUCCACCAUGUCUGGCCGCGGCAAGCAAGGAGGCAAAGCCCGUGCCAAGGCGAAGUCCCGCUCUUCCCGGGCUGGUCUGCAGUUCCCGGUGGGCCGAGUGCACCGCCUGCUCCGCAAAGGCAACUACUCUGAGCGCGUAGGCGCCGGCGCGCCGGUGUACUUGGCCGCCGUCCUCGAGUACCUGACAGCCGAGAUCCUGGAGCUGGCGGGCAACGCGGCUCGGGACAACAAGAAGACUCGCAUCAUCCCUCGCCACCUUCAGCUGGCCAUCCGCAAUGACGAGGAACUCAACAAGCUGUUGGGCAAGGUGACCAUUGCCCAGGGCGGCGUCCUGCCCAACAUCCAGGCCGUGCUGCUGCCCAAGAAGACCGAGAGCCACCACAAAGCCAAGGGCAAGUAAGCCAGCACGCUGCUGUGACGGGACAGUCCUGGAAACGAGGGACUUGUCUACCACGCAGAAACCAAAGGCUCUUUUCAGAGCCACCCACACUUUCGAGCAAAAGAGCUGACACGCGGCGGGUGUGCCCCGGCAAAAUCCGGGAGGCUUGUGGGCGCCAAUACUUUUUUUCUUGGCUUGACAACCUCGUAGUUUCGGGGAGGAAAGUCGCAAUCCUGUAGUGUGUGAAGUUGCUCAGUCACCAAGCAUUGAUUUAACAAACCGGGACCUUUUAGUUACAAUGGAGGCUAGGCUACCUCUGUCCCUAGACAGCACAGAACUUGAGACCAGAAGGCACUUAUUGGGAAGAAGGAAGACUUUGGAACGAUCCGGCCUUUCAGACGGGUCCAAUUCAGUCAGGCUAACUUUUAGCAUACAAGGGGAGUGGGAGUUCUAUACCGGCAUACAGGCUCGCCAAAUUGCAAUGAAGCAGCUUGAAACGCUGGGUCUCUCCUGGUUCUCUUCCUACCGGGUCGUUGACUCUUCCUCAGUUUCCCUUGUGCUGCUGGGCAAGGGGUCAUCUACUUCCGGACCUCUAAGCUUGAAUGUCUCUCCCAGACGGUCCUGGGCGUGUCCCCCGCUCUAGUCUACGCUCAUCAUCUCCCUUAACACAGGGAACUAGCACACCUACACAAUCCAGCCUUCAUCUCUUUGCCUGGGACUCCUAACUUGCUCACUCCCGGUCCCUAAGGCUUCGCCGAUGACAACGCUGCCAACUCUGGUCUCCCAGCCCCAGCCCACUCUCGCCCUCUCCAGAUGUCUCCAUUUUCGCGGAGAGAGCCACCGUUUCGCUCCUUUGUCGUUUCCCCCCACCCCAGUCACGGAGGUUCCUGAUAACCUCUUUUCCCUCUCCUUUAAGAAACGCCGCGCGUCCAAAUUGAUUGCCUCAAAAUAUCACCGCAAAUAACA